AUGUUAGAGUCUAACCAAAGUUCACUCCUUUGUUUAAGUCUUACUUCUUUUACAGGAGCCACUACAUUUAAAACUGAUAAAAACAUAUCUUUAAAAAGUAGCCAAGACUCAUCGACAGAUUUGGCCGUAAACAUACUCGACCAGUCACAAAGUUUAAGAUUAUUUCAUGAAACACUAAUAGUUGAUGGACAACUUAUGGUUGACGAACCAGAUAUGGUUGAUGAACCAUUUAUAGUUGAUGAACCACUUAAAUUUGAUGAAUCACUUUUGGUUGAUGGACCAGUUAUAUUUGAUAGACCAUUAAUAGUCGAUGGACCACUUAUAGUUGAUGAAUCACUACUAGUUGAUGGACCACUUAUAGUUGAUGGACCACUUACAGUUGAUGGACAGUUUAUUGUUGAUUGA